CACUUGUGCCACGGCACCCCAAGAUCUCCACAGCAUGCAGACCAGCUCGGCCAGGCUCCUGCUGAUGCUCGGCCUUGCACUGAGCAUCACCAGUCGGACUGCGGAGGGAGAGACCCCCAGCGACCAGGAUGCCCUUUCCACAGCGGUCGAGCUGUAUAAUCGGAACUCGGGACUGGAUUCUGCCUUCCGGCUGUUGCAAGUCAAAUCUCCGCCAGCUGGGGAACCUUCGAAUCCAGAUCUUCAGGAGCUGGAACUGAUCCUGAAGGAGACCACGUGUCCAAAUUCCGGGGAUUUGAACCUGGACAAUUGUGACUUUAAGGAAGACGGGGUAAGUUUUCUUGUCUUGUUUCUCUCCAAACGGCCAACCGGAAAAAAAAUAAACAAUUCAACACAAAAUUGUCUUGCACAAUUCUGUAAGAACCGUCGGGUCAAACGGAAAGUCCGCAAGUUCUUCAGGAAGCUGAGAAAAUUACUCCCCGGAGGCGGGUCGACCAUCGCUCACAUUAACCCAAUCAGAAGAUUCCGCAUUGCGUGAGAAGUUGCUCCUUCUCGCGUGGCCUGAUCUGUCCCAGAGGUUCCCACGCAUGCCUGGAAGAAGCCCCCCAGUGAAGAUGGUCAGGUGGCCUUCAAAACUGCACCUUCUCCCUGGUCUUUGAGAGGCCCCCUCCAUUCCUCCGUCUUCUUCAUUCAUAAUAAAACUCCUAAGUUAUGUUCA